CUUCAUUGCUAGGUAUAGCUGGCAGCCCUGUCAACGGCAUGCCGCUUUCAUUCCAAAACAAAAACAAUCAUCUUAUUUUUGCUAAUUUCAAAUAAUUCACAAAAUGAGUGCUCCUUCGUUAAAGAAACAAAAGUUCUCGCAUUACAAGCAAAAGAACUAUUUUAAGCCAAGCAAGCGACAGUUCCUAGAAGUAGGGCAGCGUGGGUUUUUAGCCACCUGUAACUUCCGCGAGAGGGACUGUGUACGUGAAGCUUAUAACGUACUUAACCAAUAUGCGGACGAGCUAUAUGGUCCAAAUGCAAAGGAAGGAAUUCCAACGUCCGCCUUGGACAAGGAUGUGGAGUCAGAGGAAGUUGGUGAUAUAGCAGAUGACCUACAGAAAGAAAUCGACGCCUCAAAAGCAUCCAAGCAAAAUGCCAAGGGUGCUGUUAAACAACGUUUCCAAGCAGUAGAUACUGGAGCCACAAAUUGUCUAUUUAUUCGCACCACACUGCCCGAUCCGGUAGAACUGGGAGCACGUAUUAUCAACGAUAUUGCAGACACACGUGAACAAAAAACACGCUUUUUGCUAAGGCUUGUACCUGUGGAAAUGGUCUGCCGCGCCAAUUUAGCAGAUAUCACUAGCACCGGCGGUGAACUUUUUGAUAAGUAUUUUCUCAAAGAUGGAACUACAUUUGCAAUUGUCUUUAAUAAGCGUUACAACAAUGAUGUAAAACGUGAAGAUGUUAUUCAUGAGCUGGCAGCGUUGGUGCAAUCGAAGAAUAUAAAAAAUCGUGUGGACUUGAAACAAGCGGAAAAAACUAUAGUAGUUGAGGUGAUUAAGGGAUUAUGCUGCCUUAGCGUUUUGGAUGGCUACUUGAAGUAUAAAAAAUAUAACUUAGUGGAGUUGGCAAAUGUUAAAGAAAAUGAUACUACUGACGUUAAAAACGGGGAAGAAACAGACCAAGCAGUUUCAGAUGUUGUUGAAGUAAAUGAAGACAAUGAAAAUGGUAAAAACGGUAUCCUGGCGGAGGAAACACAGGAAGACAAAGAGGCAGCGCCCGAAUGAAUUACAUUAAAUUAAAUGUCUUAAGAUAUACAUAUGUACCUACAUAUAGUAUAUAUUUUUUCCAGCUAGGCUAAUAUAUUGAUUUGUGAAAUCUA